GUCAUUUCUAUACAAAAAUUUUCAUAUUAUUCGUUCAAGCAAAGUUUAUAAUGCGCAUCGGUAUGUGGAAAUAUGUAUUAUUUCUCGUUGCAGUUGCUUCAUAUGGCUCUGGAGAUGAUCCUAGUGUUUCGGAAAAACGGCCGUCCGGAAAUUAUAACUUUUUGGUAGAAGUCGUAAGAAAAGACACAAAGGAAAGAGUAGCCGUGGGUACUCUGUUAUCUCCUACCAAAGUUUUAGCUUCAGGAAAAUUAUUGGUUUUAAGUCCGUGGAGAUAUGAAGCCAAUCUGGUGGCUCGACAACGACGAAGAAAGCGAUUUAUUUUUUCGAUUAUAGGGUUGGUUCAAGCAGUGGUUAGUAAUGCGGUUAGUGCUACGAUAGGCAGUAUGGCUGGCCUCGGAGGAUCAGUGAACUCAAAUCUGUUUAGUAAUGGCGAUAUUACAAUCAUAACCAUAUCACCACCACAAUUACCACCACAAUCACCACAAUUACCACAAUUUCCACCACAAUUACCACCACACUUACCACACUUACCACGCCCUAUGCUUCGCUCAACUUUUACAUUUGUCAAAUUUUUGAUACCUUCAGACAUCAAAUCACCAAAAUCAUCAUGGGCUCCAGAGUAUCGCACUGCGCAGUUUAAAUUAGCAGACACACCUUGUAAAAAAGCCACCGUUUUAGGCUGGAAACAAGGCGCUACGGUGGAUAUAAUUGCAGCGAAGAAGUGUGCAGAACAAUUCAAAAUUCAGUUAAAUGACGGACAAUUCUGCAGCUUGAACGAAGAAAAUUUAUUUUGCGAUGCAAAUCAACAAGGCGGUCCAGUCAUGUGCGGCGAUUUUCAAGUUGGUAUUUUGAUUCCUGGACUUUACUGCAACGGAGAGCCAUUUCAGUUUGCUCCCAUUGGAUAUUAUAUUGAUAGCAUUGUCAAAGUUAUGGAACCACGAGAAGAUGCAAAACCACUCCCAGAUGAUAAUUCAACAGUACCAGUACCAACGACUGACAACAAGGGAAUUUGCUUGAAAACUAAUGCAAAUAUUUUUGUUUUAUUAUUGAUUGUUAUAUUAUUGUGAAUUUUUAUUUAAAACAAUGAAUAAACAAGUCGCUCCAGUGUCCAAACUCUAA